AUGAAGAGGCUUGCAAUAGUAGAAAGCUCCAGUAUGUGGUCGUUGUUCUUCAUAAAACGCAGUUUUACAAAAUGGGGUUUCAUAAAAUGCUUUUCUGCUUUUUCUUCGGAUUUUAAGAAUCCCACAGCUAUUAAAGGAAAUAUGAAGUCAAAGAGGCUUCAAAGUUCAGUAGAUAUUUUUGAAUGUGAUAGAAUCACUCAUGUAUUUAUAAGUUAUAUUAGAUAUGAGUUACGAAAAGGAACAAGUAAGAUUGUUGAAACUUAUGAAGUCCUAACUGACGACGACGGCAAUGAUGACGAUGACGAACAAGAUGAAGUUGACAACGUUGAGGAAACAUGA